UUUUUUUUUUUUUUUAAUAAAAGAAAAAGAAAGCGAAGCAAGAAACAGCAACAGCUAUUAUUGCGUUGCUCAAUUUCCCCGAACCUUCCAUGUGCUGAGACCCCGAUUUCUCUCUGAUUCUUUCUGAUCUCAGUCUCAUCAGAAGAAAGCAAAUAUUCCUUUUUAAAAUCAAAAGAAAAACCCAGAAAAAGUAGACAUGAAGGUUGCCCACUUUCUUAACCAAUAUUAUUUUAAUGCCUAUCAAUAAUUUGAAUUAGAUCCACUGGUUCAAUUCAGUUUAUUUAAAGCAACUCCCGUCGCCACUGCAAGACUUGGGGCCACUCUUCUUCACCAUGCUUCAGACACCUUCUUCUUUGAACACAGGUGCGGAUUUAGACUGGUUUGGUUGAUUUUGUGGCCUGCAUUGUUGCGAAGGAAGGGAAAGAGGGUUUGCUUGGAUUAAAGUUGAGGUUUUUUGUUUCUGUCUUUUUCGAUUUUGUGGUUAAUAGAGUUGAGUUAAUGGGUGGGAGAAGUUCAAAGGAGGGGAGUUUUAGGCAGAAUUCAUCUUCUCGUUCUACUUCUUCAUCGUGGAGCUAUCCUCAAGUUCCAUCGCCAUAUGUUCAAUCACCAUAUGCUCAAGAAAGUCAAAGCUAUCCAGCACCCCAGCAAGCCUAUCCAGCACCAUCACAGCCUUACUAUCCCUCAUCGCAGGAUUAUGGUGGUGGUGCUCGGGCAACUCGUCCUACCUUGGAGAGGAAAUAUUCAAUAAUUUUUUGUAGUUACAAAUCCCUAGAGGAGGUGACUGAAGCUCUUGCACGUGCUGGUCUUGAGUCUUCCAAUCUUAUCGUCGGUAUUGAUUUCACAAAGAGCAAUGAGUGGACAGGAUCGAAGUCAUUCAACAGAAAAAGCUUGCAUCACAUUGGGAAUGUUCAAAAUCCCUAUGAGCAUGCCAUAUCCAUUAUUGGAAAAACCUUGGCUGCUUUUGAUGAGGAUAACCUCAUUCCCUGUUUCGGCUUUGGAGACGCGUCAACCCAUGAUCAAGAUGUCUUUAGUUUCUACUAUGAUAGAUAUUGCAAUGGAUUUGAGGAAGUAUUGACUCGCUACAGGGAAAUUGUUCCUCAGCUACGGCUUGCAGGACCAACUUCAUUUGCACCUGUGAUUGAACAGGCCAUGACUAUUGUCGAGGAGAGUGGUGGCCAGUACCAUGUCCUGUUGAUAAUUGCAGAUGGCCAGGUAACUAGAAGUGUAGAUACUGACCGUGGCAAGCUAAGUCCACAGGAGCAGAAGACAGUCGACGCCAUUGUUGCAGCAAGCAAGUUCCCUCUAUCAAUUGUACUAGUUGGUGUUGGAGAUGGGCCCUGGGACAUGAUGAAGGAAUUUGAUGACAAUAUUCCUGCUCGGGCAUUUGAUAAUUUCCAAUUUGUGAAUUUUACGGAAAUUAUGUCAAAGAACAUGCCACCAUCAAGAAAGGAGACCGAAUUUGCUCUAGCAGCCUUGAUGGAAAUUCCUUCACAGUACAAAGCAACAAUAGAGCUUAAUAUAUUGGGUGGUAGGAUCGGCGAUUCUCCCCAGAGGGUUCCUCUCCCCCCACCAUCUGUGUUACCAGCGUCAUCUUUCAGCAGCUCAAAACCUUCCCGUUCGACAAGUUAUAGUUCUCCAUCUUUCAACAGCUCAAAACCUUCCCAAUCUACCAGUUUUGAGCCAAGUGUUCCUCCUUAUUAUGAAGAUAGCACUUCCGUUGGUACAGCUCCACCUGCUCCCAGUUCUACCUAUGAUAAUCAGGUUUGCCCCAUUUGCCUUACGAAUCCAAAAGACAUGGCCUUUGGGUGUGGGCAUCAGACAUGUUGCGAAUGUGGACAGGACCUUCAAUCGUGCCCAAUAUGCCGAAGCGCAAUCCAGACGAGAAUAAAACUCUAUUAAGGACGACAUGCUUUGCCCAUAUUAGAUAUUCAUUGGUGUUGGCUGACAUUCUUUUUAUUUUUUGUUUUGGUUUCUUUUCCGAUCAGUACAUUCUUUCUUUGUAAUUGAAUGCUUAGUUGAUCAGGAUCUUAGGUUUGGCCGCAUUCAAUAUAUGAUGAUGUUCAUAAUCCAGAUGCGAGGAUGCUCUAGUGAGUGAGGCUUUUUGAAAAAAAUAUUAUUUUUGUUUGAAAAGAGAAAAUAAGAAAAGGAAAUGAAAUCUGUACAUUUUGUA